GCAAAUAUCAAUACACACACUCACAGCAAAACCAACAUAUGUACAUACGUAUGUAUAUAACGAGAGUAUAGCAGAGCGAAAAGUGUGAGUGAGAAAGCACGGUACCAAAAAGGACGAAAAAAAGAGGAAGAAGCAGCAGCAGCAGCAAACAGCAUCGGCGCGUUGUGAAAGAUUGAAAUAAACGUGUAGUAGAGAAUUUUUGAAAGCACACACACACACAUACAGAGACAGACACAUACACAUACACCAACAACUGCCCGCCCACUGCCUUACACACACACACACACACACAUAAACAGACUCGUAUGCGCGAAAAGUGUAAGCCGUGCACAGUUGGUGGUGGUGUUGUUGUUGUUGUUGUUGGUGCUGCUGUUCUUGUUAGCCGCCGCCAAAGGACGAUAGCCGCGACGGCAACGGCGACGACCAGAAGCAGAAGCAGAAGCAGUACCAGCACCAGGACGUGGACGUGGACGGGGACGUGUUGUUGCCGCUGUUGAAGCCAACGCAAAUGGCAGACCCUCUAAGCGGGCCCUUGUAAUGGCCAGAGAGGAGUCUCGCGGCAAGCGACCACUGAAAAUUUGGGACAGUUGGCGGAAUGUGCGCAAAGGUGUCGUAGUUGGUACGUUUGAGGAGUUAUUGGCGCGCGGCAAGGAUAAAUUGGGGGUUCCAGCUUCAGAACCUGUGCGCGUUGUUCUGGAGUGCGAUGGAACCCAAAUUGAGGAUGGCGAAUACUUUCGCACCCUGGCCAACAAUACGGUAUUGUUGUUGUUGAGGCAGGGCGAACGUUGGUAUCCAACCGGUGUGGAUGUCAUCAAGGCUGCUAUAUCGGCCAUACCGAAAAUCGUCUGUGAGACGAUUCAUGCGCUGGAACUGCAUGAUGAGACACCGUCGUGGAAGAUUAUGGAUAACAAAGGGCGUGUCACGGUCGUGCUGCACUGGGAUCAGCGCCAGGGCGGCGGCGGAGGAGGCGGAGGCGGUGGUGGAGGAGGCGGCAUGUGCGGCAUGGGCGGCGGUCUGGGCAGCAGCAAUGGACUGCUCGGCUCCGACAAAUACUCGCCCUCAAAGAAGGGUCUGUCCGCGCAGAGUUCGCUGGACAACAAGUCGGUGUCAUCGCAGUCCUCCCAGCCACGCUAUGCCAGCCCACAAAUAACGGUAAUCAGCGACGAGGGUCCGGCAAGCAUUUACCAUCCGGGCGGCGUGGUGCUGCCGCCCGGAGUUGUGAUUCCCGGUGGUGGUGGCAGCAACAGUCGCCGGCUGUCCAAGCAGGGCGGCUCCUUCGACAGCGCCGUGGGCGCGGUGCAUGUGCAUACGCCGGAGUGUGCGCAUCAUGCGCAUACGCCCAGCCGAGCGGGCAGUCCAAGCACCACCGAGUGCGACUUCCAUUGCUGCGCGCUGCACGAGGAGGGCAGGAAGAUAGCGGUGCACAAGAAUGUGGCCACGUCGCCCAUACAGGAUGGCAGCAGCAGUCCGCAGCCGCAGCAGCAGCAUCAGCAGCACUCACAUUCACAUCAGCAUCAGCAGCAGGCGAUGACGUCAUCGGUUAUGGAUCCUAUGAUGGGCGGCAGCGGCAGUAUGCAGCGCCGCUCCUCGGGCGCCAAGGGUCAUGUGCGCUUCCUGGACAUUGCACCGGAGCGCGACAGCUCCGAGAGCGAAACGGAGAACACGGUAAUGGAGGAUGACAAGACGACGACGGAAAAGUUUCUGCUGCUCAUCGAUCAGCUGUCGGUGGAUCAGAAGCGUCACCUCAGCAUCAAGGACAUCGGCAUCAUACUGGAGCGUCUCAAUUCCAAGAUACUCGAUGUCGAGCGUCUGGAUCGUGAGUCCGAGUCGGACGAUUGCUACAACUGGACGAUAAAGGCGACAAUUCGUGGCGAUGCGUUGCGUGAGCUGGGCGUCAUCUAUAAUGGCAACUACUAUGCCAUCUCCGAGCAUCCUGGCUACAAGGAGGAGCUCGAGGAGAACGGCGAGGAGGUGGAGGAAGAGGACGAGGAGGAUAGAAUUUAAACAACACACACACACAGACACAGACACAUACACUCAAGCUAUAACAUAAACAUUUGAAAUUGUAUGGCAAGGUAUCAAUAACUAGCGCAUUUUAGACCCAAACGGGAGUCACACACACACACACACACACACACACACACAUACACAUAAUAUAUAUAAAUUUAAUAUGAAUAAUGAAAAUGGUAAACCAAAGGCAAACAACAGCACAUUGUACAAUAGUGAAGUAAGCAUAAAAAAACGUGUUUUACAAUUUUCGCAAAAAAGACAUCAACACACACACAUACACUCUCACACACACACACAGAGCUAAACUUUUGUAGCGUAUUUUGCGAAUUUGUCAUUGUGGGGAACCGCAGUUGGAAGCGUUCAACGAUAUUAAGCACUUAACAAACGAAUAUGAAAAACAAAACAAAUAAUUGAAUACACUUUCUGUUGUUAUAUUAUGUACAAUUAUUAUUGUUAUAACGCCUAGCGCAUGCCUUAUUUAGUUGUAUAACUGAUCCCAGCUACAAAUCCACUUCGAUGAUCUCACUCUCUCUCUCUCGCUCUCUUUCUAACUUGUCUAAGCAUUAUAAUUAUUAACUAUAAAGUGCAGUACUGUACAUUUCCAUGUAACAACAAUAGUAGUGUCAAAUUUGUGCGGUAUAACAGUUAUAACAGUUGAAAACCAACAAAAAUGAAAUUGUAAAUUCUGUCUUCCAAUGCUUGAUUUGUAACAAUUUUCUAUUACUGUCUGCAAGAACCAUUAGUAUAACAGUUAUAACAGUGUAAACAGUGCCAAAAACAGCCAAAUGUUCCUCACCAACAACAAAAACAUAUUGUGCCAAUUGUUUUGUAUAACAGUUUGCCAAACUAUUGGAUCAGUACUGCACUCGCACUCGCACUCGCACCUGGUAUUUAACACUAAGUUCCUCGAUUUGACAUUCCUCGUUUAGCACAUUGGGUAUUAUGUGUUCCAUUUAUUUAUGCUAAUUUAAGUCCAUUAAGUAUUGUUGUUAUCGUAUCCAAGAUCAGCAUUUCAGAAACUGCCGUUAUUUGUAGUGUUGUAAAACGUUAAACAUUGCGCACAAAAUGCAGCCAAGCCGAACAAAGCUGGCAUUUAAUCAUUAAUAAUUAAACUAAUGAUAACGAUGAUGUUGAUGAUGAUGCUAAACGUAAUUAACUCUAGUUAUACUUUAAUUGUAGUAAGCAAGCAAAGAAAAUUACAAACAAACGUUCAGUGCGUCUACAUUUGCAUUUUCAAAUUCUCAAAUUCAAAUUCAAAUUCUCUCCCACUAUCAUUUAUUGUUAGGUGUAACGACAGUUGCGAGCAUUCUUCUCAUUGUAAAUUAGUGAGUAUAUAAGAGCCAAAAAUUUACAUAAAGAAACAAAUGAAACACUGCCAAAGAAAAGACAAGAAAAACUCGUAACCAAUGUUAAACAAUAAAACUUAUUGUUAGUUUCAACAUUUUGGCUUGAGUUCUACAAAAGAGUGAAGCGCAACCACAGCAGGUUCUUAACAACAACAAAUUCUCAACAACAACAACAGCAGCAGAAACAACAAAUAAACCAAAACACGAAUUCAAAAUGUUAUUUAAUGCAAAAAUUGUACAAAGAUUUCGGUAUUAGAUCGAACAGACUCAGUGGCGCAGCAGUUUACUCAACUCGUGCAAAACAACUUCAACUCAACUCAACUGAACUCAAAUCAACUUCCAAUCAAUCAAUCAAGUUUUAUAGACUGUUCGUUCGUUCAGUGGUCCGUUGCGAUCUGUGGCAGCUUAUCAGCCAAAGAACCUGUUAACUGUCGUCUGUUUGUCCAAGUGACACCCCCCGCUCCAUAAAAAAAACAGCAGAAUUUUUAAAGCAAAUGUUUGUCCCAAGGCACAAGUAUGCAAGCAAAGCAAAUACAAAUAGCUAAGUGUAUUAAACUGAAGCGCAUGUAUAAAAAGAAAUUGAUAAUUGAUAAUAAAAUAAAAAAAGAUACAACAAAGCGAAUAACAUAAAGAAGAGAACUCACAAUUAGUAAUGGAGAAAAACGAAUUCAUUAGCGUUGUUUUAAUUUUAAUUAGUAAGAGAUAAACGUGAAAACAACACAUGAUAUAUGAUAUAAGCCGCAAAGUACAGUUAUGAAGUCAAGAUGAAGCAUGAAGAAGCAGUCGUACAUAUAUAUGUAUGCAUAAUAAUAAUAAUAAUAACAAUAAUAAUAACUAUACAUACUCAAAAUACAUUGCAUUACAUUUUAAAACUAAGUGAACACUUGCAGUAUAUAUAACAACAAAUGAAUUCAAGAAACACAAAAAAGAAAGUAAGAACGAAACUUAACAACUUCCAUACUCGAUAUACUGAUACUGACUUCUUCAACUGACUUCUAUAAUCAUAAUCAUUGUUAACACUUAACUAUAGAGAGAGAAUUGCGCUUUAAAGUAAUAAAGAAAUAAAAAAAACAAAAACACACAAAUAAAAAAUUAAACAACAACACGAAAACUGUUUGUGAACGUUAUGAUACUUUGAUAACUGCAUUCCACACCUCCUUACCUCCCCCAGCCCCUCUACUCCACUAACCUAAGUUCAUUCGAAAAAUAAGAACAACAAAUUGAAAACCCGACUAAACUUCAACUUGUACACGCAAUCAGUUAGAUUUAUAAGAUUUAAACAAAAAACAAAAAAAAAGUAAAGAAAAAAUUACGAAAAUAUUUUGAGAACCCGAGAAUAUUGCGAAAACAAACGAAAAUCAGUUGCAUUAGUUAAGCCUAUGAAAAUCGCAUAGAAGAGCAGCAGCAGCUGAUGUUGCACAGUGGUUCACAUAAGCAAGAUUAUACGUUACAUUGUUUUAAUAUUACAAAUUACGAAUAAAUUGAUCAAUUAACAUAUAUACAAAAAAAAAAUGAAG